UGAGCACUUCCUGUUUCUUUGAGAGAGAAGCAUGCAGUGCCAGUGAGGGUGAGGUGAGUGAAAGGCUGAAUUACUGGAACAAGCUGUAGCGCAAUCACUGUGGGUUGGUUGAGCUCUUGAGAAGUGAAGAAAAGCUGUGUGUGAGUCUGAAAAGACGGUAACUUUUGGACUCCUCUUAAAGAAAGUGCUGGAGGGGGAAAGUAAAAGGAAAACAGAAACAGAAGGAGGGGAGGAAGAUAAGUGUCAAUCUGUUCAAACUUGUUUGGGAAUUUGAGAAGGGCGGGAGGAGGGGAGAAGAGAGAGAGAGAGAGUGAGUGAGUGAGUGAGAACACUGUGAGAAUCUUUUUACUUUGUUAAACUUUUUGCUUACAUGAACACAUUAAGUAGGACAGAGGUAAGCUAGAUAAUUAAAUCAGUGUUUUCAGUAGAGGAUUUAUCUUACUCAACUUUGGUUCUCUCAAUGGGCAAACACCGAUAUGUGGAAUGUCUGAGAGUUGUGCAAUUCCUGCUAGCUUCACUUUGCCAAUAAAUCAAAGAAAAACUUGGAGAGAGACAGAGAAGCGUCCCCCAAGACAAUUCUCAGGUUCUCUGCGUUGUCAUGGAAACCAGUCAAAUUAAUUGGGCCAUCCAAUACACUGUGCAGAUACAGUCCUCUUAAGGUCCACUAGACAGGUUGUCAAUCAAGUGCAAACUGUUACCUUGAGGUAAUUGGCGAAGGGGACGUAGGUAAAGAAGAGACUUGGAAACACCAAAAGAUGGACAAAACAAGAGAAAAAGAAGUGGAACCAGACUCAUGUGAUGGGAUUAGGGAGAGAUUUACUGCAAUCAGAAGAAGAGAUGGAGAGAUGGACUUGAAAGAAAGACAGAGGCGGAGAAAUGGAGGUCGACAUGCAAAUGGAAGCUCAUCAGUGUCAGAGCAGGCUGAAUAUGGGGAUCGAGACAAUGAGAGGAGGAAAGGGGACACUUUUCCAAGGAUGACAAAACCAACCAGAGUGAGAGACAGAAGGAUACCAAUUCCAGAUUAUGAAAGAGAAAGUCACAUGGGAAGACCGAAGGACAUACUGUGUAAAAAUGAAAGAGAUAAGGAAAGGAGGAGAUACAGAGACAUGGACAUGCAGGGUGAAAGAGAAAUUGCAAGAUAUAGGGAGGAGUUGCAGAGAAAUGAAAUGAGAAGGCUUGUAAAGGAGGAGCCAGAUAGACAGAGGGAACGAGAGAAGGAGUUUGACUCAGGAAUGAGAGGAAGAAGGAGAGAAAGUUAUCCAGGGGUCAGUGACCUUUCAGGCAUGAGGGAAAAAGAGACAGACAGAGACAGAUAUCAACAAAGAGACAGAGAGGGUAGAUAUUAUCCUCGACUAAUGGAAAGAGAGACAGAGAGCUUUUCAGAUAGGGAAAGGAGAACUGAGAGACCGAGAGAGGGAGAGAGAUCUAGGAAAAGAGAUACAAAAAGUGAAGGAGACAGUGAUGGAGACAGAGGAAAGGAAAGGAAGAGAGAAGAAGAUGCUAAACAUAGACACAAACUCUACAAGAGUGAAGGAGACAGUGACGCAGAGCGAAGGGUAGACAGAGGUAGAGAGAGAGACAGAUGUAGAGAGAGAGAAGCUGAGAGAUGGCGAGAUAUGCCAAUGCCUAGAGAAAGAGAUCAUCGGGAGAAAGGUUAUCAUGAUUCAAAAGGGGACAAUUUGGAACGACUCAGAGAGACAGAUAAACCAAGAUACAGAACAAUAGACUCAAAAGAGAAGAGAACAGACAGAGAUGCUUACUUAUACACAGCUGAAAGACAAAGGUAUAGAGAUGGAGAAAGGAUAAGAGAGAGGGAUAGGUAUUCUGAAAGAGAAAUUGUCGAGAGGGAGAGGCGGAGGAAAAACAGAGAGACAGGGAGAAGUAAGGUGGAGAAGAGUGGACAAAGUAGUGGAGAGCUGAUUUCAGGAACUGAUAUUGAGAUUGAAAAAAGGAGGGCAAUGAGAGAAAACUUUGAGGACAGAGAAAACACAUAUGAGACUGAUAAAGAAAGACUGAAGGGAAGAACAGAGGAAGAGCAGGAAGUAAGGAGUACACUGAGGGAAGGAGAGAAGAGUGAAAGCUUUGCUGCUGAGGAAGCAGUUACAAAGAAACCUAAAAACAGGAUAAGGAAAAUGUGGCUGGAACCUCGUAGUGAGAGAAAAGAAUCUUGUUUGAAAGAGGAGUACUCAGAGAGAGAGAGAGCAAGAGAGAGGUACAUCCAAAGAUACACAGAAAGCAUGACAACUGGAAAUGGAGAAGAGCCUGAGAUAAGGAAAGCAAGCAAGAGCAAAAGUCUUGAGGACAAGUAUAGAGAACUUGAGAGGGCCGGGGAGUUCUUGUUAGAUGUGGGCAGAAAAAGGGUGGAGAAGAGGAUGGAAGAGGACAUGGCUUCUGAUAAAGAAGCCAUGGAACCACAGUGGCAGAUGAACAGAGAGAAUGUGGCCAAUAACAUGGAAGAGAAUGACAGAGAUGAACAGAGAAGCAACAAUAGAUAUGACUACUUGGAGGAUGAGGAAGGAAAUGAGGGAGAGUCAGUAGCAGAGAAGAACAGAAUGAUGGCAGUAGAUGACGGAUUUGUAACGGUCUCCAGUGGAGGGGAUGAUGCAGAAGAAGAGGAUUUUGGAGACUGCAAAGAAUUCUGGGAAGGUGGAGUUCCCGUAACUGUCUCUGGACACUCAGGAACUAUUCAUGACAGAGAAAUUGGGGCAGAUGAAGAAAUGGAAAUCCAAACAGUUAAUGAAAGAGCAGAUUGUAUGGCUCCAAAAGGACCCCUGAGAGUCUUUUGUGUGAUUGGUCAGACCCUUCCCAAUUCACAAACCAAAGAGAAUUCAUAUAUAUAUCCUACUGUUGAAGAGGCAGCCGAUCAGCAUUCAGGUCAUAACAUGGACAACCAAGUUGAAAUAAGCACUGUAAAUGUAAAUGAAGCAUUUGAAAGAGUUGAACACUGUGAACAGGACAUUGAAAGAGCGAUGGAUGGCCUCAGUCUUUCUCCUAAUGAGGACAAAGGGGAGGGUGCAGGAAGUAAUGACCAGGCAACAGAGAGUGUAACAUCAAUGGAAGGCCAAAUGAUUCCUCCCAGUGAGCGAUCAGAACAAGACAACCAACUUUUCCUACCAGAGCCUUUUGAAACUUCAGGGCCAUGCAAGGAUAAUGGUAACGGGGCUACAGAGACUCAUAGUGAAGACACAAUACAAAGAGGAGAAAAAGAACCUACCGGAGACACAGUGGAGCAUUUAGGUUCAGAUGACUCAUGGAGCCCAUCAGAGGAACGAAAGCGAUCCUCUACUGCCCCUCACCUUAGAUGGGCCAAGAACGUGGUGAGAGAGAUCCUGGGUCCAAAGUCGGCAGACACAGAAAAUACAAGAGGUAGUAUAACACACAUAGACAUGCAAAACAACACACAAACAGAGGGUGAGAGAGAAAUGGACAAAUCAAGGAAAGAGGAAGAAAUAAUUGAGGGAGGAGAAGAACAACAGGGAGGGAUGGACAGAGAGUUGAAUGAGAAACGUGACUGGCUUGAUCCUAGUUCUAACCAGCACAUGGUUUCCUCAGAAGGAGAGGCAGAGGGGAUGGUAGAAGAAAUAUCUAAGAAGAAAGAUAGUACUGAGGAAGUUGUUCUAAGCUCUAGUAGUUUUCGAGAUUUGGGAAAUGAAGCUCGCAUGAGGAGGCGAGGGUUCCGAAAGUCAGUGGAGAAAACCGAGGAAGAGGAUGAGGAAGAUGAUGAGGAAGAUGAUGAGGAAGAGGAUGAGGAAGAGGAUGAGGAAGAGGAAAAGGAAGAGGGAGAGGGAGAAGGAGUUGGAAGGGACCGAAGAACAAGAAUAUUCAACAACUCAGAUGAUAAAGAGGAUGAAUUAUCUUUUACCUGGAGUGAAAUGGAUCUAAGGAAACUUGGGAGGACAAAAAAGAGGAAUUCUAAAUUCUUUAACUCUCAGUUGUAUCAGGAAUACAGUGAGGUGGUCCAGAACAGAGAGAUCCUGCUGUCUCAUUCUGAUUCUCUAUCAAUAAGUGCAUCUUCCUCUCCAAAUCAUUCCCCUAAGCUAUCACGCAGACCUCUCCCACCUCUCCCUCAGGUCCUCCCACUCCCCCAUACUCUGUCCACCUCCUUUAAAAGUCUUAAUGUGCCUCAGCAAUCCAUAAACAGAGCCCCGUCCCCUCGCCUGUCCAUCUCUGCUUCCUCAACCUCACUGUGGCAGGAUCUCCCCGGAGUGAGGAACAGCCCAGACUUGGAGGAACUUACUGAGGAUGAGAGGCGUUUGCAGGAGGUGAGGUUUGAGGUUGUGACCUCUGAGGCAUCAUACUGCCGCAGUUUGGACAUCGUAGUGGAGAACUUUGUCAUGGCCAAACAGCUCAACGUUAUCCUGUCUUCACAAGACAAAAACUGGCUGUUCUCCAGGCUAAAUGAUGUUAGAGCCAUCAGUCACAGUUUUCUGUCUCACCUGGAACAAGCAGUGGAGAAGGACAUAAUGCGCUUUACUGUCUGUGACACCAUUAUCAAACACUGUCCACGAUUCCGAAAUGUGUAUGUGCCAUACCUUACCAACCAAUCAUAUCAGGACAAGACGUAUCAAAGAUUAAUGGAGGAGAGUCAUGAAUUCCGUAGAGUUGUGGAAAAGUUAGAGCGCAACCCGGUUUGUCAACGACUACCUCUACGGUCUUUCCUCAUUCUGCCAUUUCAAAGAAUCACACGCCUCAAAUUGCUUGUACAGAAUAUUGUAAAGAGAACUGCUCCAAAAACCAAGGAUGAAGCACAGGCCAUUAAGGCCAUGAAACUUCUUGAGAAGAUGAUCCAGGACAGUAAUGAAAGUAUCUCUCAAAUGAAGAACAUUGAGUCACUUGUGACCCUCAAUGCCAAAGUUGACUUUGAGUGCAGGACUCUUCCAUUGAUCAGUCAGUCCCGCAGACUGGUACGAGAGGGACCUGUGACUGAACUGAGAGACUUUUCUCUAAAAGACAGGGAAGAAGAAAGAAAUGUUUAUAUGCACCUUUUCAAUGACUAUCUCCUGGUCUCUUUGCGGAAAGAAGGGGGUAGGUUUACAGUUAUCGACCAUGCUCCUGUGUCAGACCUGCGGGUUGAGAACUGCAGGUUCAAACUGCAUUCCUUACAAAAAAACCUGUUCCAUCUGCACAUGCCGCAAAAAGCCCUGCUCUUACGGACAGAUACCCAAGCCAAUAAACUGCGCUGGAUAUCAGCACUCUCUAGACCUUAUCCUGAGAUUGACUUCAGUGCAGUUCAGGACCUUUCACAAAUGCAGUGCAUCAGAGCCUUUGUUGCCCAGCAACCAGAUGAGCUAAGUUUAGAGAAAGCUGAUGUUCUAUUAGUUCACCGGCAGAGUAGUGAUGGUUGGGUGGAAGGAACUCGUCUGUCAGACAGACAACGUGGUUGGGCCCCCGAGUCUCACCUGGAGACAAUAGUCAGUAACAAAGCAAGAAAGCGCAACCUGCUGGACACCAUGAAAAUUGCUACAGCUGCAUUGUGAAGCAAUAUCUGCAUCCUUCAAGGUUCUCAGGUGGACUUUUUCAACCACUAUUUUUAAGUAUUACUUUAAAGUCUUGUGCAAAAAGACCUUCAAGAACUUCAAGGGUUUAUGUCUUAACCUCGUGGGAAGUUUCUAUUUAUUUUGUGUAUACACUUAAGCUGAUAAGGGUGAUGUGGGUGUUAUGGCCUCACCCAUGUCAGGGUACUACUCCACACCCUGCUAAAAGGUCUGGUAAGAUGCUGAAUUAAGGACAUAUAUGGACCUUGCAAUUUGCACAAAUACAGCCAUAAGCAGAACCUGCUCCAAUUGAGCUUCUAUGCAGCUUCCAUAGUUUUUAUAAAAGACGCUUUUAUGAAUUGGAAGUGGGGAGUUACUCCUGGGCAGAAGUUUGGACUACAGUUUGUUGAACUCAUUAUGAGCAAGCUGUCUCACUGAGGAACCACGACAGCUGGAUAUAAGACACCUGCACCAAAACUACUUGUUCUCUGUUUUAUAUAUAUAUAUAUACAAACAUCAGAUCCCCUUCAGUGUGGAAUAUAAAUGCUGUCAGACUUCAGCCUCGUGGGAAUUCUGUUUGAAGAGGAGAUUUUGUUGUGCACCAGGACACAUGAUGCAAAAGGACAAAAUUAUUACUAAUUGUGAAAAACGGACUUUAACAAAGUGCAAAUUUUAUUUAGGAUCAUGAAUUAUGGAUGGCUACUUUUUAAGACCAAAAAGUGUACAAUACCCAAGGUUGUCUACAAUGUACAUAAUAUAGGUUUUUAACAUAAAAGCUAAAAGUAUUGUUUUCAUGGAAUAAUUCCAUCUCUGCUUCCUGUUCGAACUGAUUGGCAUAUAACUUUAAUGUGCCUUAAAAAUAAACAGAUCAUUUGUUUCCUGAAAGAACA